UCCUACGAUGGCACCCUCGUCUCCGCACCACCAGUUCCAGUCCAAGACCUCCGACGCCAUCCGGCGCAGGCUCUCCUCCGUCGUCUCGAGCAAGCGGCCCAAUGUCCAGGCCUACUCUUCGCUCACGCCCAUGUGGGCUGGUAUCGCAGGCACCGUCAUCAACAACAACACAGCUUUAGAGCUCGCGAUCUCCAUCCACGACUCCGUGUACAACACCGACUUCGCCUCCUCCACCGUCCCCUACAACCCGAACAACCCCGAGGAGCAGGCUUCGAACGUGGAGAAGCAUGUCCUUGAACUCCUCCGCAAGUUCGCGACCGAGCACAUGUGCAAGUUCCUCGGCGCCGGUGUGACCGUCAGCCUGCUCAGAGAGGCACCCAAUCUCUGCACGCGCCUGUGGUUCGACCUGGACAUCGUCCCCAUCGUGUUCAACAUCAAGCCGUUCCACACGGACUCCGUCACUCGCCCAAACAUCAAGCACCGCAUCUCGUCCACCACCGGCUCCUAUGUGCCCUCCGGCGCAGAGACGCCCACCGUUUACUACGACCCCGCGCAGCUGCCCGCUGGCCAGGCGAACGUCACCGCGACGCAAAACAAGCUGCCAAUUCCCCGCACUGUCGAUGAGCAGGCCGAUUCUGCUGCCCGGAAGUGCAUCAUGUACUUCGGCCCUGGCAACAACCCACGUUUGUCUAUCGGAGCGCGCAACCAGGUUACGGUCGACGCGGGCGGAAAGAUCCACCUCAUUGACGACAUCGACGAGUACCGCAAGGGCAACAGCAAGGGCACCUGGAACUCCGUCAUCAAGCUCGCCGACGAGCUCCGCGAGAAGAAGAUCAAGAUUGGUUUCUUCUCGUCUACGCCGCAGGGAGGAGGAGUCGCGCUUAUGCGCCACGCGCUCAUCCGCUUCCUCAACCUCCUCGACGUCGAUGCUGCAUGGUACGUGCCGAACCCCUCGCCGUCCGUAUUCCGGACUACCAAGAACAACCACAACAUCCUGCAAGGCGUCGCCGACCCCAACCUCCGUCUCAGCAAGGAGGCAAAGGACAACUUUGAUGCCUGGAUCCUCAAGAACGGUCUCCGCUGGACCGCAGAGGGUGGCCCCCUCGCACCAGGCGGUGUGGAUAUCGCGUUCAUCGAUGACCCGCAGAUGCCGGGACUCAUCCCCUUGAUCAAGCGCGUGCGCCCCGACCUGCCGAUCAUCUACCGUUCGCACAUCGAGAUCCGAAGUGACCUGGUCCACGUCGCGGGCUCGCCGCAGGAGGAGGUUUGGAAGUACCUCUGGAACAACAUCCAGCACGCAGACCUCUUCAUCUCGCAUCCGGUCAACAAGUUCGUCCCGAGCGACGUCCCACCGGAGAAGCUCACGCUCCUCGGCGCCGCGACCGACUGGCUCGAUGGCCUCAACAAGCCGCUCGGCGACUGGGACCUGCAGUACUACAUGGGCGAGUUCCGGCAGCUGUGCGUGAAGGAGAAGAUGAACGAGCUCGGCUGGCCGCUGCGCGACUACAUCGUGCAGAUCGCGCGCUUCGACCCGUCGAAGGGCAUUCCGAACGUGAUCGACUCGUACGCGCGCUUCCGGAAGCUCCUCGCGGAGAAGGAGCCCGCCACGGAGCCGCCGCAGAUGCUCAUCUGCGGGCACGGCGCCGUCGAUGACCCCGACGCGAGCAUCAUCUACGACGAGACGAUGCAGCUCAUCCACACCAAGUACGCCGAGUACGCGAAGGACUUUGUUGUCAUGCGCUGCCCGCCCAGCGACCAACUGCUCAACGCGCUCAUGGAGAACUCCAAGUUCGCGCUCCAGUUGUCAACGCGCGAGGGCUUCGAAGUCAAGGUCUCCGAGGCGCUCCACGCAGGCAAGCCCGUCAUCGCCUCGCGCACGGGCGGUAUCCCCCUCCAGAUCGAGCACGGCAAGAGCGGCUACCUGUGCGAGCCCGGCGACAACGCCGCGGUCGCCUCCCACAUGUUCGACCUGUACACGGACGACGACCUGUUCGACACCAUGUCCGAAUACGCGCGCACGCACGUCUCGGACGAGGUCGGCACCGUCGGCAAUGCCGCGGCGUGGAUGUACCUCGCGGUGAUGUACUGUUCGCGCGGGGUGCGCCUCCAGCCCAAGGGCGCGUGGCUCAACGACCUCAUGCGCACGGAGUGCGGCGAGCCGUACGCGCCCAACGAGCCGCGCCUCCCCCGCGCAGGCCUCAACGUCCAGGGCUGACUGGCCUCCUCGCUUGCGGGUAGCGCGCGCCCGGAUGUACCGAGCCGCGCUGGCAGCAUACUGAGUCGCGCCAUGCCCCAGCCUGGUCUGGCGGGGGGCCGCGCGCGCCCGACGAAUACCUCUGUGGACGUUGUAUCUAGGAUGGGUGGAAGGAGGGAGAUAUGCUCGAGUGCUCCUGUUGUUGUACGAAAAUGCGCGCCCCGCUCUGUUGCUUUCUCUUCUUUGGCUGCUGCUUCUGCUGAACGCCGUGUAGUACUACCGAUUCCCCGUCUCGUGGCGCGUGUACGUGUUCUUGUGUAGAAAACUGUAGAAAUAUAGAUACGUGCUCUUCUGCGUAGCCAGCUCUGAUCAGACGGUCGCUCC